AUGGUUCGCAUUGUCGCUAUACUAUCUCCUCUUUACCUCGCAUUUGCGCCAGCCGAGUCUGCUCGAGCGAUGCAGCAUGUAGGCCAUCAUGAUCAGGCGGUGGCUCGCGGCUCACGUGGUCAAUAUUCGACUGGGGGCCCGCACUCUCAGAAAGGUCGCCACGCACAGCCCUUCCAGUCCCCCAAGAUCAGUAACAAGGCAAACCUGGUUCGAGUGGGAAAGGAAGAGGAUUUGACGAUUGCACUUGAAAAGCCAUAUCAAGCCUUGUUCGGUCAGGUCGGCGUGGACAAGCACAACUACCGCAGUGAUGUGUAUAAGACACUGGAUGGGUUUAAUUCGACCGUCGUUGGCAACUAG